AUGUCAGAACAAAGUAUACAAGACGGCAAACGGCCAGAGUUACCUCCUUUUACGUUGAGGAAUGUGCUAAAUGAUAUUUACAAUGGAAUUUUGGCUUUAUUCACUGAUCCAUUCUGUACCAGGAUCGUGUGUCCUGUUGUUAUUGUAUUGACAUCAUUAUUAUCCAAAGCCAUAAUAUAUAAGGUUCCUUAUACAGAAAUUGAUUUCAAGACUUACAUCCAACAAAUUCAAGUAAUUAACGAUGGGGAACUUGAUUAUUCGUUAGUGAAAGGAGAUACGGGACAAAUUGUCUACCCAGCUGGAUUUGUUCAGAUAUACCAAAUGCUCAACUGGUUAACGGAUGAAGGUACCGAUAUUCACGCAGGCCAGACAGUAUUUGGGUACUUAUUUGCUUUGACUAAUUUCUUGGUUAUAAUUGUUUAUACAAUGACUCCUAAUUUUCAACCAUGGCCAGUGUAUUGUUUGCUUUUGAGCAAGAGAUUGUUUUCCAUAUACGUGCUUCGCUUAUUUAAUGACUGUUUUACUACUGUUUGUAUGAUUAGUGUUACAAUUUUGUUACAACAGGCAGCAUAUUGGUAUAAGAAGGGCGGAUCUUCGAUAAGUUUUUUAUUGACCAUGGUUGCAGCUGAUUUAUACAGUAUUGCAAUUUCUAUAAAGAUGAAUGCAUUGUUGUAUUUUCCUGGAUUUAUCAUAGUUGCAUAUUUCUUAUGCGGUGAGAACUUAUUGAAGUUUGGAACAGUAUUAUUGGUUAUUCCAAUUGUUCAGGUCCUUAUGGGUUGGAAGUUCUUGUUACCAUUUUUUAAUGAUGAAGAAGCUUCAUACAUUAGAUGGAACUACAUCAACCAAGCCUUUAACUUUAAUAGGAAGUUUUUAUAUGAAUGGACUGUCAAUUGGAGAUUUAUUUCAGAAGAAUUUUUCUUAUCAGAUGUUUUCAGUAAUGGGUUAUUAAUUGCUAAUGCUUCAGUCUUAAUCUUCUUCAUAUUUACAAGAUUUAUCUCGCCUAGAAUCACAGGCAAACCAGUAUCUCGUCUCAUAAGGGAUAUGGUAGGACCUUUCAGUAGCACAAUUAAUAAGAACAAUUCGUUAAUAGAUCCAAAAUGUGGACCAAAGCUCGUUAUGUUAAUAUUAGGAUCUACCAACAUAAUAGGCAUUUUGUUUGCAAGGUCUUUGCACUAUCAAUUUCUUUCGUGGUACUGUUGGCAAUUACCUUUCAUGUUAUAUAUGACUGGGUGGAGCUUACUUGUUUGCAUCCCUCUUUGGGUAGUACAUGAAUGGUGCUGGAACGUAUUUCCAUCGACACCCAUGAGUUCAGGCUUGUUGGUGAGCAUUCUAGCUACUGUAUUAUUUGGUGUGUGGUACAAUACGAAUGAAUGGUUCCCUAGACCAGCAGAUAACGAGGCUGCUAAUAUCGAUGAGCCGGGUGAAUCUAAGAAGGAUAAAUAG